UCUUAAAAUUAUAAUAUGGGUCGAUUGGAGUCACCCAUAUAGCGUAUAUAUAUGUUCGGAAGAUUUAAAAUUUAGUUAAAUGUUCCAGAUAUGGGAAUGGAUUAAGGACGACACAGAGGGCAAAAGGGAUUAAGGACACGGAGGAUAAAAGGGUUUACUUAGAGAGCUGCCCGUUCUGAAUCUGGUACCUAACAACACUGAAUACUCCAAGAAAGACGAAAUUGCUGUGUGGCGCAGUAUAGAUUUUUUUUUACAGAAUAGACACUUUCUCAAAUGGCAUCCUUCCUCGAUGUUCGCGUGUGGAUGAUAGUAAUCGGAAGCUUCGGAAUUGCUCUUGGCUUUUAUGGGCCAAUGUUCCAGCAGUGCGCGAGGUACUGUUCCAAAGAUCCACCUGAGGUCAGUGGAGCCAUAAACGUCUGUGUCAAAGGAUGGGACAACUGUACCUACUGCAAAUUCUAUACUAACAACUGCCCCGAUAUCCAAGAAUGUCAAAAUAAAGCUGUGCCUAUUCCAUCGCAUGGAGAUCGCUGUAUGAUCUGUCCAGGUGUAGCUUGUGUCUACAACGGCCACGCGUACUUUGCACACGAAAUGUUCGAUUCGGUUGAUGGAGUAAACAAAUGUAUGUGUCUGAGGGGCGGGAAAGUGAGAUGUGACAAAUUCCACCUGGGACUGCCUAUGUCAUUCUGUUCGUAAGGAUUUCGCUGAUGACACGGAUGACAGAUUUCGUGUGUUCGGAAUUUAUUAGACAUAUGUUAAUAUGAUUGUAGUUUGUUAUAUAUAACUCUCUGUUUCCAGCAAAUGUCAUACUUUACCUUCUAGAAUAUCAAAAUUACAAUUCUUACAGAUAAAAAAACAGUUAUUGCUUUUGUGUUAUUUUAGUGAAUUCUGUUUUUUGUUUGAACUAUGAAACACCUUUACUAUAAAUGCGGUAUAGAUUGAUGAAUAACCAUGAGAUAUGUCAAACUGAAGAGACGAAUGUCUUCCUGUGUAAUCACAUGGAUGAAUUUUAACAUCGUUUUAUAAUGCUAAUUUCCUUGUAACAACUUGGGAUCGGCCUCUACUCAUAUAUAGUAGUUUGUGAUAUUUUCUCUAAUUCAAUACAGAAAUCUCCGGAGGAGAGCGUCUUAUGUUAUCAAGACAGGCGUACUUUGUUUAUCAUCAACUUACGGUUACUCAUUUGAAAAAAUAAAAGUACAUUAUAGUUUGAAA